AUGAUUCAAACAAUCAAUUAUCAGGAUAACCCUUUUGAAGAUUAAACCUUAUUUCAAACUCUAAAGAAUCAAAGAAUAGCCAUCAUCGGAGCUAUGAAUUAAUAACAAAAACUUAAAAACAAUAAUCAUAUUGUACAUUUAACACUAAUUAAUUUGAUCAUUUCAUUUAUUUUUGGCUACCUCAUAAUGCAAGAAUUGCCAGUUGAUAAGUUUUAUGAAGAUUUGAAUUCUGCUUACACAGUUAUUAAAGUCUUAUAAAAAUAAGUAACUUAGUAAGUAAUAACCAAUAUUGCUGAAAAGUCUGAGAGUGACACAUGCAUGUCAUCUCUCGGUUAUUUUCCUGGAACAAACCGAGGCUGCAUUUGUCCUAACAUGCAAACCUCCAAUCAACAAUGUUUGAAACCUUGCAAAUAUGUGGACACAACAGCCUAACAGAAACUGUAUACCUUGGAUGGCAGAUAAUAUUGCAUUCAAUAUGAGGAUUCCAACGGUAAGAAUGGAUUAAACAAUGCCCAAGAAGUCGAUCUCCAUGAAGAUGGUGUUAAAUUUAUGGAUUCUAAAUAUGCCUUCUCCAGAAAAGAAGAUAUUCUAGCAGGAGACUUUUACAAACUAAUUAUUGCUCCAGAUAAACCAUGUUUCAACACAGCCCUAGGCCCAAACAAAUAAUCUAAAUUGUCAUAUCCAUUUUCUACUAUUCAAUACAUUGGCUGUGAUCGCUAUUCCACUUGGAAGGAUGAUGCAAUCAUGUUGGCUGAAACAACCCAUGGUUAGCUGAUCAACGAAAACAAUAUCUUCACUUCCAAUUUACCUUAUUAUGAGAAAUAUCAUAACGAUGAUGACCCUAUGAAAAUCUAUGUCUUAAGAAAACUCUAUGUUAAUCAAGGCGAAGAAUGCCAAUAAGCUAUAAGAUAUAAAUUUUCAUAAUGCUAUAUUUCUUGUCUUUUCAUCUAGGUUUUUGAACUUGUGGUGUGCUAUUUCUCAUUCAUUCUAUUCACUAUUGGAUUUAUAUUUUUUGCUGUUAUCAAACUAGGAAUUCAAUUCAAAUCAAAAUUAAAAUCUAAGAACAUCAACCUAUUGAAAGUGACCUACAAAGUUAAGUUGAAUGAAAUACUUGAAAAAAGUAUAGUCAUCUUAGGAGUUGUAAUGGCAAUAGUUGUCAUCUUGUCAUAAUUUGUAUUCUAGUAUGGAUUAAACAAUAAAGAAGGACUAAAGAAAACUGCAUAAUACACACAAUAAUUAUUGAAUAAGACUUGCUUUCAAAAUUAAGGAAUCCUUAAAGCCAUUUCUGUUGUUCAGAACGCCGUCACCAGUUGCACAGAUAGCAUUUACAAUUAUGCAAUAUUAUGGUUGAUAGUUGAGAUAAUAUACCUGAUAGUAGGCUAUAUCCUACUAAAACAAAUGACAGCUAAAAGAUAGAGCCUACGUUGA